AUGCAGCUCGUCAAGGGACUUGUUUUCGCCACCAUUGCCAUGAUGUGCUUCGCUUCGGCUGAUGGUGCCACCCCCACUGCUGACGUGAAGAUGAACGCGCCUAAGCCUCGCAAGCUGUAUUACGUUCGUACACGGAGCCCAUACAAUCGCAACAACCCUCCGUUACCCCCCUCCUCAGCGUAA